UAGGAGGGAGGGCGGGCGGGCUAUCUAGCUCAGUCGACUGCAUACCAUUUUCUUCUUUGACCAUAUCUUCCGUCUUCUUGCAAUUUUCAUACAAGUGUAUGUAUAUAUAAGUUGAGCAAGUAAGGAGAUUCAGAGAUUUCAGAUAUGGAGAAACAUACUAAACCCAGAUCCAAUAUCUUAAAAUUUCUACCAAAAGCUGCCUCUGCUGUUACCUUUCAAAAUCCUCCUUUCAGCCCAGGUAAAGAUAAGAGGCCAGAUAUCCACAUAAACAAGCUCAGAGCUCAUACGGGUAAAGGGUUCUCUGGUCCGAUCAUAUCAAUAAUUCCUGAUGAAGCUCGGAGGAAGUCCAAGAAUGAAAGCUUUGAAAACCAGGAACCCACUUCGCCGAAAGUUUCGUGCAUGGGCCAAAUCAUAAAGCACAAGGCCAAUCAUCAGAAGAAGAAGAUGAGUCAUAAGAAAUCUGCGUCGCUUCCUAAGGAUAUUAAGCCGGGAGCAGUAUCUUCUUCUCCACGAGAGGUGAAGAAACAGGCAUCAAAGUUUAGGAGACUCUUCAGCGGUGUGAAACCAGCAAGAAAAUCUGAUGUUUAUGAUGAUGAUCAUGAUCAGAAACAACCACAUUCGGCACCCGCUUUGAGUCAGAUGAAAAAGUUUGCCAGUAGUCGUAAUGCUUUUUCCAAUUUUGAUUGGAUGGCUCAGCAGAUUUCACCGCUGGAAUCCGAUCACCGGAAUUAUUAUUCUGACGAAGAAAAAGGAAACAGUGAUGAUGAAGAAGAAGAUCAUAUCAUUCCAUUUUCUGCACCUAUAACGGUAGGUGGAGACGUAGCUUUGCAGCCAAGGAAAGAAGUUAAUUUGUGGAAAAGAAGAACAAUGGAUCCUCCAAAGCCUCUUCAAUUGAAUACGAUGGUCAGAGCAAACUGAUCAUGUACAUUCUUCAUUAAUUUUUUUUACUGGGUUCUUCUGUUUUGUUCAUCUUAGAUUUUGUUAUGUAUAUAUGUGUGAUGCGAUACGAAGAUCAAUUCUGAAAUUUGCUUGAUAUAUCAAAUCACAUUCAUCAAUGGAUGCUCAAGCAAAUCUGAAAAUGUUUUUCUUUUGAA